AUGGCAAGCUACUUGGCUUCAUACGUCCCCGCCAUCAAAUCGAUCCUUCCACAAUCCUCACCAUCUGUGGCUGCGCUUCCGGAGAUUGGCGAUGUGGCUCCAGCACCAGUAGGCUCGAUCGACUUGACACACGGCAAUGGCACACCAACUCUCGUAGCUUUCGUACGGCACUGCGGGUGUCCGUUCGCAGAGAAAGAAGUACAAUUACUAGCAGCUGAAAGUCGCAAGCACGAAAAGCUGCAUGUGGUGAUUGUUCAACACAGUGACGAGGCCACGUCGAAACAGUGGUUUGAGGAUGUUGGCGGCAAAGCAUUCCCAGACUCGACUCGCUAUACCGUCGUCGCAGACCCUGAACGCAAAACCUACGCAGCAUGGGGUGUUGGGUCGCUAGGCUGGGCUGGUAUGGUCAAUGGCGAUAUCCUAGGAGCGUUGAAGACGCUGAAAGAGUCGGAUGGUAUUGAUAUGAGACCUACGGGUGCGGGCUCGUAUAGGUGGCAGAACUCUGGAGGGUUUGCGAUUGACGGUGAAGGCAAGAUCAGAUGGAGGAAGAUCGCUAAGGACUGUUCUGAUGUUUGCGAUUAUGCUGAAGCGGCCAACACGAUUGUUGACGGUAAGGCUUCUUCGCAAACGCAGAGCCGGCUGUAG